AUGUUUGAAUCUCUCGUAUCAAGACUGACGUCCCCGCCAGUAUCGCGGCGGCGUCACACGGUACACGCGACGCGCGAAGUAUGUAGCGAGCCCGAGGAAGAAGCUGCACCGGUCCAGCGUAGAUCUAGGACUGCGAAACAGCUCCUCGACAAGCGGAGGAAGGCCCGACUAUCUUGCGCUGAUCUGACGGCUGCCACGAACGCAGAACCGGAGCGGACAUCUCGCAUGGACGCGUUAAAAGCAUUCUUGCCAUUGCGACAAUCCAAGUCAUUAGGCAGGCUAGACGGUCUCAAAGAGACAAAUGCCACGUCGCCCGCGCAUCUGUUUGCUUCUUUGAGAGAGCAUCCCGCGUUAACGCCUUUUGUGUCUCUCCGGACAUCUGCGCUUAAAAAAGCUCUUAAUAUAACCUGCCCGGAUCAACGAGCUUAUUGCCGCAGUGGAUUAGCGUCUUCCAUUUGCUUUGUCUAUUUUAAUGGCUUUCAUAAAAGGAUUCUAUGA